UCCGAGUCCGACCUGGUGGCCGUUGAUUAUCCGACUCGCAUAACUUUCGAUCUCCGAAGCGGACUACCGAACUGGUUGUGCCUUGCUUUCUCGGACGUCCAAACCGUUCUGUUAACAUCGUCCCCCGAAUCAAGUACGAACCGAACAAGUUCCUAUUCCAAUCGCGUGUCGGAGAACACAUUUAAACCUGGCUCCGAAUAUCUGGAAACGCCUAUUCCCAGUCCGAACCAGAAGACCUGUCUCAGUCAUCUCCCAAAUCGGGAUAGGCCCACUUUCCAAUCCCGGAAUGGACAUAAACGUAUUCAAGUUUUGCUCGGGCCUCAAAGUCCUUGGCUACUUCAUGAUCCUCCUGGUCGCCGGAAUUAUUGCCGUCUCGUACUACGCCGUUGUAGUGCUCACCUGGGGCCCCCAGUUGCUUCGUGGUGGGGUCCACUCGUUCCUGGCCUUCUCCAUUCUCAUACUGUUCCAUUUUCUGCUUAUGCUGUUAUCAUGGAGUUACUGUAUGGUAGUCUUUAGAGACCCGGGAUCUGUCCCUGAAAAUUGGAGACCUCUAGCAGAAGAGGAGAAUUUGGAGGCUGGUAGUUCUAUGCAAAUGUCUGAUAAUGUCGUGCCGGAGGCUUUAGCUUCUACAUGGUCUUCCUCGGAUGGACUCGAAAGGAAACAGACAGGCUAUUGUAGUCGAUGCCAAAAUGGCAAGCCACCACGUUGCCAUCAUUGCUCCAUUUGCCAAAGAUGUGUUCUAAAGAUGGAUCACCAUUGUGUUUGGGUGGUGAAUUGUGUUGGAGCCUGCAACUACAAGUUUUUUCUUCUUUUCUUGUUAUAUACUUUCCUGGAGACGACAUUGGAUACCUUAGUUUUGCUGCCUAGUUUUGUUAAAUUCUUUACUGAAUCCAAGAAUCAUUCCAGCUCUCCUGGCAGUCUUGCAAUAACUUUUUUGGCUUUUGUUCUAAAUUUGGCCUUUGCACUGAGUCUACUUUGUUUCGUAAUUAUGCAUGCGUCUCUUGUGUCAAGCAAUACCACAUCAGUAGAGGUUUAUGAGAAGAAAAAGGCAGUUAGGUGGAGAUACGAUGUGGGCAAGAAGAGGAAUUUUGAGCAGGUUUUUGGCACAAAGAAGGCACUAUGGCUAUUACCCCUGUACUCAAAAGAUGAUUUUGACAACAUUCCUGCACUUCAGGGCCUUGAAUUCCCCACACGAUCAAAUGUUGAAGCUUGAGGCCUGGUGAGCUUCCAAUUUUACCUCAUUAUGGCACUGUAGCUCUUGUAUUUUGCUUUAUGAUGCUUGUAACCUUGACUAAAAAAAAACUGUUGUACAAUGCCUUUGAUAUAAUCUGUUUUCGUGAUCUUGAUCAGGGUUUAUGUAAACAUAUUAGGACUAUUGGAUUUUAAUUAUUGAGUGGUCAGCCUAACUGAAGGGAAAUUCUUGGGAUUUCCCAGUGUAAAGUGCAGUAAUACAGAUCCGUAAUAGAUUGUAUAUCACAAGAGCAAGACGGGUUAGGGAAAUCAACUUUGAUGCACAACUAACCAAGAUUGAGUGGUUUUGCGCUUUUUUUUUUUUUACACCAUUUAUGUUUCUAUGGUUGAUUUUAUUUUUGCUCGACAUGGAACAAGUUUGCAUCAAACUUCUGUUUAAUGUUAUAAUGCUAAAACAAAUAUCUGUACAAAUUGAAUAAGCUGUUAUUUCAUAUGCUAUGUUAGUGUUCAACA